AUGGAAAGCCCCCAUGAGCACCAGCAAAGCCAACUGCUUUCGCGCAUCAUUGUCAAUGUUGAGAAACUGAACGAGGCAAUCAUGAUGUUGAACAAGAAUCUCCAGGAGAUCAACAUCCAGAACAUGGAUACGGAGCUGGUGGCCCAGAUGUUCAAGAACUACCAAUCCAACGUGCUCUUCCACCUUGAAGCAACAAAUGGUCUUAAGGAUCCUGCGUAA